AUGCAGUAUCUACGCUCCGGUCUCGACCAACUUCGUGACCGCUACGCCCCUAUCCGACACACCUCCACCUUUCGCAAUACAGGGCAGAUCACGCCCGAAGAAUUCCUGCUCGCGGGAGAUUACCUCGUCUACAAAUUCCCCUCCUGGUCCUGGUCUGACGCCUCCAGUCCUGCACGACGGGUGAGCUAUCUGCCCGCCAACAAGCAAUUUCUCGUCACAAGGGGAGUCCCGUGUCACCGAAGGUUGGAUGAGAACUUUGCAGGUGGACACGGCGCCGCCGAUGACCUUGUCAGAGAUGGGUUUCUAGGCGGUCCCGACGAGGAGACGGGCGGCGGUGAAGACGAGGGCUGGUUAAGAACGGGGGGAACCACGGAGAAAGAACAAGAAGGAUUGAGGGCAGAAGUGAGGACGAUGAGUGAGAGCGGACAACUCGGCCAGAAAGCCACCGAGGAAGAGGACGAGGAAGAAAUCCCAGAUAUGGAGGACGAGGACGAUGAUAAUGAGGCUAUCAUAAGAGAUAAGAGUGAAGGGACAUCUGCCCCUCUUCGAACAUACACCCUUUACAUCACCUACACGCCCUACUACCGCACUCCGCGCAUGUACCUCUCCGGGUACCUCUCUCCCAGCGAGCCUCUACCGCCCCAACUCAUGAUGGAAGACAUCGUCGGCGACUACAAAGACAAAACCGUCACCCUGGAAGACUUCCCUUUCUUCGACAACAGUGUGAAAAUGGCGAGUAUUCACCCUUGCAAGCAUGCUAGCGUGAUGAAGAUCCUCCUUGACCGUGCGGACGUGGCCUUGAAGCUGCGACUAGAAAAACAAAAAGCCACUGGCGGCGCCGCGAACGUCUCGGGCAUGGAAGGGUUGAUUGACGAUACGGCAAACCUCAAACUGGCUGAGCAGAAGCGUGGACACGAAGCGGGUGUGAAAGCCGCUAGUGGCGGCGCCGGAGACGAAUGGGAAGUGUUGGAUGAACAAGACAGUAAAGAAGAGGAAAGUGAGAAGGUGGCAAUCCGGGUGGACCAGUAUUUGGUCGUGUUUUUGAAGUUUAUGGCAAGUGUGACGCCCGGAAUCGAGCAUGACUUUACCAUGGGCGUUUGA